ACACCGCGCAACGGUAACCUGAGACGCGCGUCCUCCGUCAGAGUGAACGGGAACUUUGAUGAUUUGACGGUGAAACCUAUGGAAAGGUGGAGAUGAUGUUCCAGUCCUUGAUGAUGGAUUCGUCUUUCAGCGUGUCCAGAUAUGUUGUCCUUGUGCUCGUCUCCUAAUAGACUGCUGAUCCAUUUUUCUUCUCAAACAGCUUUUGUGAUUGAACACUUGAGUCCGCGUGAAGAACAGUGAAGGAAACGGGACGCAUUGUUUGAAUUUUCAUUAUUAUAAAGGACUUCCAGUUCAUUCAGGAUUCGUGAUGUCUGCAGCAUACCGCUCCUUGUUCCUUUUACUGUUGAGUUUGCUCUUGGCCGGGGCUCAGACCGAGAUGAAGCGGGUUGUCGGGGACAAUGCCACAUUGCCUUGUCAUCACCAGUUCUGGCAGUCGAAUGGGCAAACACUGGACAUAGAAUGGCUCCUGCAGAAACCCAACAUCAAACAGCGUGUGAUCAUUACAUUCUUCAACAACGAGGUCUACACUAACGACAACCAUGCCAGUCGUCUGUCCUUUGCGGGCGACUACCUGAACGGAGACGCCUCUCUCCUGAUCAGCGAUCUGCAGCUGACCGACUCUGGAGAAUACCACUGUAAGGUCAAGACUGGUGGCAAAUACCACUGGAGCCAAGUCAACCUCAUAGUGCUGGUGAAGCCAUCUAAACCCCGCUGCUGGAUGGAAGGCCGGCUUCUGGAGGGCAGUGAUGUGAAACUGAGCUGUAAGUCUUCAGAUGGAUCCGACCCUAUUCACUACAAGUGGGAGAGAGUUCUGGAUAAGGGCAAGAGCGUGGGAAAACUGCCUCCCCUCGCACUCAUCGAUCUGAAGAACCCAGAGAUGGUGACCUUGAGGAACUUGACACAGGACAGCUCCGGGGUCUACAAGUGCACCGCCAGCAACGAUGUAGGAGAGGAGAACUGUAUCAUCGAGGUCACAAUGCAAUAUGUGCGGGGCAUGGGUGUGGUGGCUGGUGCUGUGGUUGGCGUUUCAUUCGGGGUUCUGCUCCUCAUUCUCAUCAUCUGGCUGGUCUUCCGCAAAAAAGAAAAGAAGAAAUAUGAGGAGGAGGAGACACCUAAUGAGAUCAGAGAGGAUGCAGAAGCUCCUAAAGCCAAGCUGGUGAAGCCCAACUCCCUCUCCUCAUCUCGCUCUGGCAGCUCCCGCUCUGGUGCUUCCUCAACACAAUCCAUGGUGCACAACAGCGCACCCCGAAGCCAACGUCCACGGCCACCCGCUGCUGCCGACCUCAAGGAGAAUGGACAGCCCCAUGGGUUCCCCCAGUCUCCCCCGGCCUACACACAGGUCGUGCCUAAAACCCCAGAACCCCCUGCCACCCCAAAAUUCAAACCUCUCAGUCCUCCAAUGGUCAUGUCCAUCCCAGCAGGCAUCAUUGUCCCUGCUCAAAGCAAGGCCUUUCAGACAGUGUAGAAAGUAAAGGAAACAUGGCCUGGUACGGGUCUCAGUACAAGAAACCCACAGUGACUCUUUCAAAAGUUGCAACUAUGAUUGGAAAAAUAAAAUACACACAAACACACACACAAACAAAACUAUAAAAUAAAAGCAUAAUUUAAAAAAAUGUAAUCAAUCAUAUAAAAUCUAAAAAGUUGAAUGCAUAUUAACAAGAGAAAAUACACCAUGCUUUCCCCCUUCUGAAGUAUUAAAAGAACACAGAGGAGGAACUGAAGAACAAUUUUUUUUAAUUAUUAUUCUCAUUCUUUGGUUUGCUCUCCUUCUUUUGAUCUCAUGGCACAGUCUGACUCUUUUUUCACAUUAUCUAUUUUUCUUACUCUUUUUGAGCCCUUGAAGGCUUUGUGGGCGGUGGGGUGGAAAGAUUUCCCCAAGUGCAGUUUAUUUAUUUAUUGCAUCAGAGAGACUAAAGGACCAAGGGCAGGCUGGGUUUAUAAAACAUGAUGACAAGAGGAAGGACCAUCCGACACUGUAGAGAAAUGAA